AUGACCUUUCUUUGUCUUCACAAAUGUCGGGAAAUUUCUUUUUGGUUGUUUUCACGAAUUGCUUUGACGUCGCAACAAGUGAUUCAACUCGGGUUUAUAAUGCUCGAGGUGGGUUCCGUGUCCAUCAAGAACACCAGGAACAUACUCAUCAAGAACAUCGGCGACGCCUGCAUCGGUGCUUUCUGCUGGUGGCUAGUGGGCCACGGGAUAGCCUUCGGAGAGGACUGGGGACGCUUCAUCGGCACCGAGACUUACUUCGCCCUUAAGGGCUCCGCCUUCGAAGUCGUCGAUGCCGACGGCAACGCCACCCUCACCAACGGCUACGAGUACGCAAUAUGGGUGUUCCAGUGGACCUUCGCGGCCACAACGUCCACCAUGGUCUCCGGGGCCGUGGCCGAGCGCAUCGACUUUAACGCCUACAUCGUUUACUCCAUCGCGCCACCUCUUUCAUCUACCCGGUCGUCGUGCACUGGGCCUGGGCCGGCGGCUGGGCCUCCGCAUUCGUCGGGGAAGACGAUCUGCUCUUCGGCUGCGGCUUGCUCGACUUCGCUGGGUCGGGCGUGGUUCACGGCCUGGGGGGUCUCGCGGCCCUCUGCGCGUGCAUUGUGGUGGGCCCCCGCGCCGGCCGCUUCAAUUCCGACGGGACGGCCAACUCGUUGCCCCAGCAAUCCGCCCUGCUUCAGGUGUGGUCGGCGGAGUGCUUGCGAUCAGUGUUCGUUUUUGGGACAGACGCUUGGCAUCCUUAUCCUUUGGUGGGGAUGGUACGGCUUCAACGGCGUCAGUACCCUUACCCUUUCCGGCGGAGGCGCUACUAUCGCCGCCAAGGUCAUGGUGAUCACCACCAUCUCCGCCGCGUUCGGCGCCAUCACCAACUCCGUCAUCGGCAAGGUCAGGCUCGGGUACUGGGACAGUGGGGCCGCCAACAACGGCCUCCUCGCCGGUCUCGUGGGAAUCACCGCGGGCUGCUCCACCUGCGAGCCCGAGGCCGCGAUGGUGAUCGGCAUCGUAGCCGCCUUCGUGUACACGUACUCCUCCAAGCUGAUGUUGAAGCUCCAGAUCGACGACGUCGUAGACGCCGUCCCUAUCCACUUCUUCUGCGGCGUCUGGGGCGUCAUCGCUGUUUCCCUCUUCGCGACCAAGGACAACUACGCCAACGUCUAUUCCGCCGAGCGUGCGGAUAAGUGCGCCGGUGCCUUCUACGGCGGUGAUGGCAGCACCCUCGCGGUGGGUUUGGUGUUUUUGCUUGCCCUCAUUGCGUGGACCGUGGUCACCUGCAUGGCACUGUUCUUGGGCAUCAAGUACACCAUCGGCAUCCGCGUUUCACAGGAGGUGGAGCAAAUUGGUAUGGACGAUUCCAAGCACGGUGGCCAGACCUACCCGGAGAUGGUCAGGAAGACCCUGGCCUAA